AUGUCGUCCUCUCGCCUCCUCACCCAGCUCGACAUGCCCUCGGCCCGCGCACCCUCGUCCGAGUCGUCCCCCUCGUCCGACGACUCGUGCCCGGCCACCCCGUCAAAGGACAAGUUCCGCGAGUGGACCUUCCCGCGCCAGCCUUCGUCCCUCGCCCAGUCCUCACCCCCGUCGUCCGCGUCCGGCACUGCGGGAGCCGCCAACACCGCCUCGUCGCCCGCCCACGCCCAGCAGCAGCGCAUGCACAACCUCGUCGACGGCGCUCACGGUCGCUCCUCGUCCGUCACGCCUUCCAAGGGCCGCGCCGCCAACAAGGGCUCGCGCGCCGCCGCCGACUCGAUGGACCUGCGGCACCGCUCCAACGCGUCCCUCGCCCAGUCGCCCUCGUCGCCCCUCCUCGCGCGCACCCUCCUGUCGCCCGCCCGCCCAAAGGAGGUCGCCAAGCUCGUCUACUCGAACGUGCGCCGCAAGAGCCUCAACGACCUCACCUACGUCGUCCUCUUUGCCGCCUGCCUCGUCCUCUUCGGCCGCGCCCUCCUCGGCGUCGGCUACGACCCGCGCUCGGCCACCCCGCGCACGUCGCCCGCCGCCGUCCGCGCCGCGAGCCCAGAGCCCGCGAGCGUGCCCGCCGCCGUCGUCGACGUCCAGCUCCCCGAGGGCUUCCUCCCGCACGCGGCGGCGCCGGCGCCGCCGUCGAACCCGGACGAGUACCUCGCCGACGUGCACCAGGCGCACGGCGACUCGUCGCAUGACGCCGGCGAGGACCACUUCCGCGCGUCGCCCGACGACCCGGCCCUCUCAGACGAGCACGUCCACGCCCACCACUCGUCCGAGGACCCGCUGUGGCCUGAAGACCCGACCCACCUCGACCGCGAGGCCGAAGCCGCCGCUCGCCCCCGCCCUCGACCCGCGCGCCUCGCGCCGCAGGACGACGCACCUGCACCAGCCGCCGCGCCUGCGCAGGAUGACAUCGACGCCGAGGAGGCGCGGCUCGUCGAGCUUGUCGGGGCGGGCGACGAGACGAGCGAGGCGGGGCAGGACGAGGUUGAGGGCGAGGAGCUCGACGUCGUGUACGAGGGCGACGAGGUGCCCGGCGGCGAGGACGAGCAGGUCGUCGUCGUCGAGGACGGCGAGUCGAACGAUGUCGAGGACGACGAGGACGACGAGGUCGUCGACGACGAGCCCGCCGCCGCCGCCGCCCCGGGCUCACUGCACGUGGUCGACGCCGACGACGACGACGCGUCUCCCGGCGCGCUCUCGGCCCUCGAGGAGCUUCUCGACUCGGCGCAGGAGGAGGAGCUCGCCGCGCGCGUCAAGAAGGGCGGCGACGCCGAGGCGGCGCAGCGCGAGGUGCUCAGGAGGGCCCAGCGCGGCCGCGAGGCGCUCGCGAGGGCGCAGGCCAAGGCCGCUCCCGGCGCGGGCGCGGGCGUCGAGAGGAGGAGGAUGGUGCGCGCCAAGAAGGUCAGGCGGUGAGGGACGCUGGGCGUCGACGCCUCUUGCAGCAGCUCCCCUUCUCUCCUCGUUGUACCGCCCGCCCCUCCCUAGUUUUACCUUGCUACUACUCGCACGCUC